AUGCCCAAAUCACCACACGUCAUUGACGUAGAAAAACUGAUUGUCCUGGUGCAGGAGAGGCCCUGCAUCUGGGAUCUUCGGGCUGGCGAGUACCAGGACCGCUACAAAAAGGAUGCUGCCUGGUCGGAAAUUACCCAGGAACUUUUUGCCCCAAUCUGGGAGAAGACACAAGGCCCAAGUAGAAGGAAUUUAAAUGUAGAUAUUGAUACCUGUUCCUUUCAUGUCUUUGUAUUACCAGUUGAGGAGGUCAAGAAUCGUUGGCGGAGCUGCAGGGACCAGUUCCGCAAAGAGAUGAAACAUCGUGGGCGGAGCAGGUCUGGUCCCCCCAAGAAAAGGCCCUAUCUUUUCAGGGAGCAGCUGAUGUUCCUGCGCGAUGUUAUGGAGCUGCGUCCAACUGAAGACAACCUAGAGGAGGAAGCUGAUGAGUCGGGCCCACACCAAUCAGGUGCAUGUGAGGAGGACACCACAUCAGCCCAGCCUGAAAGUGGAGCUGGACCAAGCACAGCACCAUCAAGGCCUCCUGCAGCAUCUGGUGGCGAGUCCCCCACCUCCCCUCUGGCUCUACCCAGCAGGGCCAGACGACGGGCAAUGCCUCCUGCCGAGUCUAACAUCAAUUUGCAAGUUCUAGAUUAUUUAUCUAGAGCACGGCAGGAGGAUCAUCACGACAUGUUUGCCCGUAGUCUGGCCCAUUUUAUGCGUCAGCUACCUCCAGAACGACUACUGCGAACCAGAACUGCAUUAGAAAUAGUUCUGGAGGUAGCUAAUCGCCCCCAAGAGCCGACAGAAAUGUUUGACGCGCUGGAAAGCCUGCGCUGUCAUGGCAACAUAUUUAGCCCCCACCACCCCGCAGGUAGUCAGCCCUCACAGGGCCCCCAACAAUUUCAGCCCCAAAGGGAUCCCUAUGGCCCACCAAUUGCCCCAUAUGUGCCACAGUUUCAGGGGGAACCCUGUUACAGUCAGCAGGGCCCAUCGUCCAGCCAACCUGGCCCAAGCCAGUACUCUGGGCCCCCUUCCCAGACACAAUUAACUGGACCCCAAUAUCAGGGCCCAUCAUCCAGCCAACCUGGGCCUAGUCACUACUCCGAGCCUCAUUCACAGCACCAAAUUUCUGCCCCUCAUUAUCAGGGAGCCUCGUCGCCAUCAAGACGUUAUGUCAAUUUAUAA